CUGUGGUUAUCGAUAACGAUGAGCGCACAAUAUCGAGCAUGGCUGCCAACUCUCUGUCAAAGGUUCUUUUCCGGUUUCGUACACGACGAAGGAGAUAUUAAACAAUGGGCCGUUACUCACGUGAGCCAGAUAACGCCACCAAGUCGUGCAAGGCGCGCGGACCAAAUCUACGUGUUCAUUUCAAGAACACCCAUGAGACCGCACAGGCCAUCAAGCGCAUGCCACUUCGUCGUGCCCAGCGUUUCCUCAAGGCCGUCGUCGAUCAGAAGGAGUGCGUGCCCUUCCGCCGUUUCAACGGUGGUGUCGGCCGUUGUGCCCAGGCCAAGCAGUGGAAGACUACACAGGGUCGCUGGCCCAAGAAGUCUGCCGAGUUCUUGUUGCAGUUGCUCCGCAACGCUGAAGCCAACGCCGACUACAGAGGUCUCGAUGUCGAUCGCCUGGUCGUCGAUCACAUUCAGGUGAAUCGCGCUCAGUGCCUGCGUCGCCGCACAUACCGUGCUCACGGUCGCAUCAAUCCCUACAUGUCGUCGCCAUGCCAUGUUGAGGUGAUACUCACCGAGAAGGAGGAGGUUGUUGCCAAGGCCACCGACGAUGAGCCCACAAAGAAGAAGCUCUCCAAGAAGAAGCUGCAGCGUCAAAAGGAAAAGAUGUUGCGUUCUGAAUAAAAAUAUUGUGUCUGGAACACGGGGGGCAGUGGCGCGAUUGUCCUCGCCCCACCGUCGCCCAUGCCGGUGUUAACAAAAAAAACUGAAAACAAA